AUGGUUGGUCUUCAAGAAUUUUUCUAUGAUCAAGUCCCAAAUGAACUAAGAAGCAUGGGACUUGCACUUUAUUUGAGUAUUGUUGGUGUUGGAAGCUUUCUAAGUGGCUUUCUCAUUUCACUAAUUGAAAAUUUGAGUGGCAAAGAUGGUCAUGAAAGUUGGUUUUGUGACAAUAUCAAUAAGGCACAUUUUGAUUACUUUUAUUGCCUUCUUGCUGGAUUAAGUUUGAUGGGAUUUACAUCGUUUGUCUACUUUGCAAAAUAUUACACUUAUAAUCACAAAGGUACCAUCACACAAACAUAA